CGUAUGUUGCCGGAACGGAAUAGCUCAUAGCUUCAUAUCGAAGUUGAUAUUUGUUGGUGUCGGUGACUUUACAUUUAAUUAAUAUUAAAAAUUAAAACUGACGCCACGUAUUAACAUAAAUCAAUAAAAUAUAACAGACAACCUCUUAUUACUCUCUUAUAAUCUAACGCACUAAGUGAAAUAGAUUUUCCUAUCUGAAAAUGGAAAAAACACCGACUUUAGUUGUUUCCAGCCCCAAUAUUAAAUAUACUGAUGAGUAUAUUUAUUCGGACUACGAAUAUGAGGAAACUCUGGUCACCAGAAACGGGGAGGAGAUUACGGCACGACCGAUCCGCAAAACGCUGGGCAUCCGCACAGACCGGCGCGUGGGCAAAGUGGGGGUGAUGCUGGUGGGCUGGGGCGGAAACAACGGGUCUACUUUCACAGCCGCAGUGCUGGCCAACCGCCACCAACUCUCGUGGAACACCAAGAAUGGGAAGAUGGACUCGAACUGGUGGGGUUCAAUCACGCAGGCUUCGACAGUGCGCCUGGGCAUCGACGAGAAAGGAUGCGACGUGCACGUGCCCAUGUGUCAGUUACUACCCAUGGUUCACCCCGACGAUUUGGUGAUUGACGGUUGGGACAUAAGUCCGAUGAACUUGGCUGAGUCUAUGGUACGUGCCAAGGUCAUAGACUAUGACCUGCAGCAGAAGUUGAAGAAGGAGAUGGCGUCGAUGAAACCACGACCAGCUAUUUACGAUCCUGACUUCAUUGCUGCUAACCAGGCUGACCGCGCCACCAACCUGAUCCGUGGCACGAAGUACGAGCAGUACCUGCAAGUACGCGCUGACAUCAAGGACUUCCGCGACAAGAACAAGCUGGACAAGAUCAUUGUUUUGUGGACGGCUAACACUGAACGUUUCUGUGAGGUGCGGGAGGGAGUUCACGACACCUCAGAGAACAUCGAGCGCGCCCUCCGCGACAACAACUCUGAGAUCUCUCCCUCCACCAUAUUCGCACUCGCUGCUAUUGAUGAGAAUUGCAUAUACAUAAACGGGUCGCCUCAGAACACGUUGGUAGGAGGCGUCGUGGAGCGCGCGGAGAUGCGCGGAGUGUUCGUCGCGGGAGACGACUUCAAGUCCGGACAGACCAAACUCAAGUCUGUGCUUGUUGACUUCCUCGUCUCUGCUGGACUGAAACCAGUGUCAAUUGUCAGCUACAACCACCUGGGUAACAAUGAUGGCAAGAACCUCUCCGCACCUAAACAGUUCCGCUCAAAGGAGAUAACUAAGAGCAACGUGGUUGACGACAUGGUGGAGUCCAACCAAGUUCUAUACAAACCCGGCGAGAAGCCAGACCACGUCGUCGUCAUCAAAUAUGUACCCUAUGUCGGAGACUCGAAGCGCGCGAUGGACGAGUACACGUCCGAGAUCCUCCUGCACGGCACCAACACCAUCGUGGUCCACAACACGUGCGAGGACUCCCUGCUGGCCGUCCCACUCAUACUGGACCUCGUGCUACUCGCCGACCUGUUCUCACGGCUCGCGUUCCGAGAGACUGAUAAUUCAUACGUCCGUCUGCACUGCGUGCUGUCCCCGCUGGCGUACUUGCUGAAGGCGCCGCUGGUGGCGAGCGGGGCGCCCGUCGUCAACGCGCUGUUCAAACAACGAGCCAACAUCGACAACUUAUUGAGGGCCGCCCUCGCCCUGCCGCCCAACAAUAAUCUCGGACUUGAACAUAAGGUACCAUUCCUGAUGAAGGAACUCCACAGCGGCGCCCUCUUCAACUCGCCACCAAACAAGAAGCAGAAACUUACGCACGCAAAUGGUGAUCAGUGAAUCACCAAUAACCACCCACUAGCCACUAAUCACCAUUAACCCCCUCACUAAUCACCGUUCAUAAUUGCACGGCACAAAACUAUUCAUGAGCAGUAUUCAUUAUCUUACUGCUAUUGGUCAUUUUAUUAUAGGGAAUUUAAUAUGUAGGUAUUGUCUUGUGCGUUGUAAAAUAUAUAUGUAUUUAGGUAUAUAUACUUUGUGUUAGUUUUUCGAUACUUUAAAGGUAUGUUUAAUCACCAUUUACCACCAGGUGGUUAGUAAGUCUUUGUUCCUACUAAUACCAUUAGUAGUAUAAAAAUAUGUGAUUAAGUUAUGUACCCAGCAGGACAAAUUAUCUGUUUAUUUUUGUUUAUUAUAUUAACGUAAGGUCAAAAUUACAAUGAAUAAAUUUGACAGAUUGAAUGAGGUUACUCUGCUGAUCACUGUACUUAAGAAAUCAAUGAGUUUCGAAAGUUUUAAAGUAUUAUGGAAGUAUUUUUACGCAAUGAAAUUGUGUUUUAAACAUAAUUCAGUAUUAUUUGUUUAUAAAACAAAAAAAGUUUAUUUAUUCUAGGUAAUAUUAUGUAUAUUAUAUAGAUAGUCUUUAAAGUAUCGAUGUAUAACACAAAGUUAGUGAUUGUUCCUCGAAUUCGAAAUUUUAUUUAAAAUUACAUUUUUAAAAAUGUGCUUUCGGUGCUUGUCAUAAAUUUUAUUUAUUAGAGAAAUGUUUAUUUAUUCGUUAUUUAUGUUUAUAUUCUGCUCUGGAUAGUAAAUAUUUAGUUACGCAUGUACUUAGCACUUGCACUUUCAGUUUAGUUUCAAUUAUUUUGGUUUAAGUUCUGUGAUAAUGUGUGAUCAACGAUUGUCGUUAUAUCAUUAAGUCGCUUAACUAGACAAAUUUUAUUUUAAUAACGAUAACGAUGUACAACAUCUUUGAUCCGAUUUUCCUAAAGUGUAAUUAUAUAAAAGUGCACAUUAUUUACACAAAAAAUUUUAAAAAAAUACCUCAAUUACGAUUACGUAAUUCUUAUUGUUUUCUUGAUUUUUUUAUUGGAAAAUUACUGGGUUUUCUUUACGCUUUGGGGUCGGAUCGUGUACCAAAUAUUUUGUAAUUUUCCCAUGUCUGAAUUCUCUCGGAUUUUCCUAAAUUAUUUGAUAAUUGUCAACAAUUGAAAUGUAAUUUUGCUAUGUUUAUAAAGUAAGAAUUUGAAUGUCAAAAAGAGUUUCGUCCCACCCCGUCCUAGACGGAUACCAAAAACGUGUCAAAGUUACAUAAUUUGAAUUCAUCUAACGAUGACAUUCCAUUUCAGUGUAGAAUCUCGCAUUUCAGUAUUACAUUAUUUAAAAUAGAUGUCAUUAAUAUAAUGUACGACAGUAUUUUAAUGUUAUUAGAAUUUCAUUUAAUCUCAGUUAUUUAACUAAGUUUUUGAGCAUUUAUAUAGUUAUUUGAUUACAGAAUUUAAGCACAUUUUGGUUCAUAGAACAUUAUGUUUGUAAGACAGUGUAAUGUAUCAUUAGAUAAUUCUAUAUUAAGGUAAUUGUCAACAUUUUGCUUUCAAAACUGAUGUAAUUUCACGAUGGAAAGUUAUUUUUGAUUAAUUGUACCCGUGUGCUGUAUUAUGUUGAAAUAAAGAUAUUUUUUAAUGGAAGC